UCUCUCUCUCUCUUUUUUUCCACCACGAUUCUUCAACGAUAACGGCCUCGAUACUACAAAUUACAUAGAAGAACGACUCAGUGCCUGCUCGUUGGGUAGCCUACCAGAAACAGAUACCGGGACACAUAACCCGGGCAACCUUCAAUAAUUUCUCGAUAGACUAACGAAAACAAACAAACCCGGCCGAGAGAUACCCGUCUCAUAAACUUUGUUGGUACUAAUAAUUCUCUUUUUUUUCGCUUUCUCUGUCAAAUUCUUGGUUCGUUCACUUUCACUCUUUAUUUUUUAUUUUUAUAACUCUUCUUGCCCUGGAGAGCAUUUUCCUGGUGGUCGAGUCGAUUCAAGAGUACUUUUUUUAUUUUUAUUUUUUUCUUGCGAGUUUUCACGUGGUUAGGUGGAUAUUGGUUGGGUGAGUCAGCCAUCAUUCCUAGAGUUCUUCCGCGUUCGUUUGUUGUGGUGCAGUUGGUUGGCAACACACCCUGAAUUAUGGUCGCUGCGCUCCUCUGAGUGUGUAAAUGCUAACGCGUCAACCCCCGACAAUACAGCACGCCUGCCACCCACCCACUUCUUAAAUAUUAUCGGGCGUAUCGUAUCACUCAUACCCGUACUCGUACCGGUGCCCUCUAAUCUUGUUUCCUCAUCGAUCCUUUUUUCCUCGACAAAAACAAGACUUUGCAUCACCAUCUGCAGAGCCCAACGGAGCCAGCCCUAGUCUAGCUCCUAAAAUCCAACAGUCACCUUUGCGACCAACGGGAAAGUGUCGCUUCCGACGUACUAUGGUCGCGUCCUAUUCACCUCAUCGCCAUCACGGCGAAACUGCCACCCUCUUUUCUGCACCACACACAACGUCGCCCUCGCGGCAUCACAUGCUUCGCUCACCAACUUCUUGCUCAUCACCUUUUGCGAUUCCAAUUCCAUCCUCUGUUAAAACACGAUCGAGUACAAGACGGCUAACGCCACUAAAAUCAAGAGGAUCGUCGACGGCUCCCGUUAGUCCAGUAAAAUUUCCGCUCUCGCUUACGACUACGAGCCACAUGAAUUCGAGUGGCAUGACUCUUCGGUCCGGUUCCUCGAGCCCCCGAGCAAGUCCUCGUGAAAAAAUUGCUCUACAGCGCCAGUCUCGCGCUGGGCUAGGCAUGGAAAACGGGGCUCAGAGCCCACCGUCCACGGGAAGUCCGCUCAAGAGAAGCGAUGGUAUAAUGAAUUUGGAUCAAGCGAGCCGUGGGUCGCCUGUCGCGAAGCGACGGUCUCAAUUUGGUCUGUAUAGUACAGGACAUAGGCAACAGCAUACUUUUGGAUCGCCUUCGUUUGGCCAAUCACCGACGCCUGUUCACCACAAUACAACCCCGAAGAGGCAUAAUAGUAUAAAAAAAUCGGCUGGUCAUGGAUCCAGCAUCGAGAAGCCUUCCUUUGCACGAUCUCGGCCACUGGCUCGCCAGCACGAUUUUGUCACUCCUUCCGACCCAGCAUCCAAAAUUCGUCGUGUGACUUCGGUGGAUAACUUUCAUAGCCUACGACGCGGAUCUUUAAGUAACGGCUCGUCGUUACCCAGUGCCUCUAUUCACCCGCAUCAUGGGACCAAUACUGCGUCGCAAUCAACCAGCCAUCAACCCCACCCGUUAUCACAGAAUACUUUCUCAUCACGAUCCCCAGGGCCAGAGUCGAGGAAAGAUAGUGGCGAGGGCUCCAGCGAAUGGCGGACACCCCAGAACUUUCGAUUCGCAAGGCCUAACCCUGCGGCAUUUCACUCUACAGGAUUUGUCCCAAAACGUGGGCGGCUUAUGCACGCAGAUAAGGAUCACGGCCCUCAACCGGACACGCCUUGUAAAAGACCAAACAAUGCAUUUGGGUCUUCUGCCUUCCAGAGUGGCAUGGGGGGUAGUAGAAUCUCUAUGACUGAUUUCGCAAACACGUCGACACCGUUCGGUGAUAACGAUGGAGGCGUGAAGCUUGGAUUUGGCACUCUUGAUAGAGAAGCCAGCACGCUGAGUACUGAUGACGAGUUGGAUCUCGGUCAAUCUCAAUCAAGCACUGAUUAUGACUUGCCCCCAACACCAACUAAGAAGGUCUAUAGUAACAUUGGAGGCAUCUUCAAUUCUGCUAAGCGAGCACGAACGGAACAAAGCUGUGAGUCGACUAAAUUCUUUGAUGCCCGUUUGUUCUUGUUGCUUAUAUCGGUGAAUCUAGCGGAUGAUUUGAGAGUCAGGUACGAGAGGUUCGAACCGCAAACCCCAAAGGACGGUAUCCAACCGCCGGAUCCAAGCAGUCUUUCCAUUUCCGGCCGGGCGAGCCAUACCCACCGCAUGAGCUUACCAGCAACACCCGCCCGGGAUUUCUUUUCAACUCAUUUCGAUUUUGCUGGUGCCGCUAAGCCGCGCCCACCUCGAACAGUGCAAUCACUUGACGGGCGGCCAGUAGAGGUUACCGACAGCUUCUUGUCAAAAUUUUCGGAGAUCAAGCACAUAGGAUCUGGAGAAUUUUCGGAAGUUUAUCAAGUCACGGAGGGCCGUCCACGUAGAAACGCUUUCAUUGCGUCACUCAAUCCAUCUACCCCUCAUCAACUCGCCACACCAAAGCAUUCUUCACCGUUUGGAAGCUCGCCGGUUGUGGGUAGCGAGCCAUUACUGAAAACGUACGCCGUGAAGAAGUCAAAAUCUAGAUAUUUCGGUGCCCGGGAGAAGGAUCGUCGGCAGGAGGAGGUUAAAAUUCUCAAAUCACUCGGGCGUAGUGAGCACGUUCUCGGGUUUGUGGAUAGCUGGGAUGAGGAUGGAUACCUUUACAUUCAGACAGAAUUCUGCGACACUGGAAGCUUAGACAAGUUUCUAGAGCAGCAUGGGAAUAAAGGCAGACUAGACGAGUUUCGUGUAUGGAAGGUUCUACUUGAAUUGUGCUUGGUAAGCCCCCGCCCUCCCCCCUGCCAUUCACUUCCCUUCCAAGUUAAUUGUGAUCCAUUAGGGACUCCAACACAUCCAUGACUCGGGCUUUAUUCAUUUAGAUCUUAAGCCUGCAAAUGUCCUAAUUACCUUUGAUGGAGCGCUAAAGAUUAGUGACUUUGGGAUGGCAACGCGGUGGCCAGCCUCACGGGAGUUAGAGCGUGAGGGCGACCGGGAAUACAUCGCCCCAGAAGUCUUGGAGUCGCACAGAUACGACAAGCCCGUGGAUAUCUUUGCCCUUGGGCUGACGAUGAUUGAAGCUGCCGGCAACGAGGCGCUUCCUCCUAAUGGGCCUGAAUGGCAAAGCCUUCGCAGUGGCGAUCUCAGUGUAGCCCCCAUUCUCAGCACAAGUUCUUCUGGCGAGUUGGUCGUCCGCGAUGAGGAUGGUAAUCCCAUCUCAACGGUCGUGCUCGGUAGCCAAUCGUCGUCCAGUCUGGACAGCCGGAUGUCUGACUCAUCGCAACCGCGUCAUAUCAGCCGACGUGCUUUGCGUACCAGAACGGACCCCGCGCUGCUUCAUCAGCCCCGAGUCGGCGAUCUGGUGAACCCCCCGGAUUUCAUGUUGGAGGGUGGAUUGGAGGAAUUGGUUACGUGGAUGAUAUCCGCGGACCCAGACCAUCGGCCCAAAGUUUCACAAUUGUUGGAAACGGAUUCGGUAAGGUGGGUCGAAUCGAGAAGGAGGUCUCCGGCAACAAUCUUCGAGGGGCUUUGGGGGCCAGAUAGUUCUUCAGCGUGUGUUACUGAGGCGGAUGAUAUGAUGAUUUGGGAGAAGCCCGAAGACAGUUCUCCUUGGGGCUGAUGAUCUGGAGGAACGUAGACGAAAUGCAACAGGAGAGUACAGGGGGGUGAGAAGUGGAUGGGAUACCGGUAGUGGAGUCACACUUUUACACCUGUUCUGAAUAGCGUCUCUUCUAGUUUCUUUCGGGCAAUGGGUCAACGGUCUGAGAUCUGUGGUAUAUUGGGAUUCUUUUGGUAUAGCGAAUGGUUCCUUGUGAGAUGAUUUUAGAAAAAGCACUGGAUUUGGGGAUUCUUGUUCUUUUAGCGCCCAGUUUCUCCACAUAUUUUUCACACUGAUGGGCGCAAAUAUUCUCGCUUUGUUGCAUGUUUCGUUCUUGUUGGUUAGGGGCAUGUUUUCUUUCUUAUACCUUUCUCCCGUUUUUUACAUACUGGUUCUGGUGCAUUUGCUAGGAUAUUCCCUUCGUCUACUUUCAUUGUUUUCCUGUCUGCUUUUCUGGGAUCGGUCGGUUUGUGCUGUUUUUUUCUCUGCUUUUCUUCUACAUUCGGCAUUCGUCAUUUUGCUGUAGGUUUUUUCAUCAUUGCCACUUUUUUCUUCCAAUCGGGGGUUUUCUUAUUCAUUUUUCGCUUCUUUUUCCAUCACUCCUUUUUUGCUUUACAUUUUUCUCCUUACCCCCCGCCGCCGUUGUCAUUUUUACCUUCGCGUGGGGCAUGACUAGGUGGCUAUAGCUUCUGUCUGUAUAUAAUUAGCGUAUUGGAGUGUAGAGGGGCGUGGGUUUCUCUUUGGACCUGCGUCCCCUUGAACCGGCAGUUUUUCUGGUUGUUUGUUUGGUUUUUGUGUUUCUCUUCUUUUUUUCGUGAUUGAUGUAAUCCUCCUUUCCGCAGCACAGCAUUUUAUGGAGCUUUUCAUGGGCUUUGUAGUUGGUUUGUUAUGUUUGGUUUGGCUCCCCUGCGCUUAAAAUUUGGCUUUUGCUGCGCCGGGGUGGGGGGGACAAUUGAGGGGGUGUGACGUGACCGUGUGGCUUACGAAUUUGCAUGCUUGGGGGAGAAGAGAGAUAGGGGAUGAAGAGGUUGCUUGAGGUGCUUGCUAAAUUGCGGAUGGGGGAAAAAGAAAAAAGGGUGAAAUUGAUCGUGUAGAGGACCUAGAGCGUGGAGCCACGGGUCAAUAGAGGCGGUUUACCGGUAGUAAGCUAUCGGUAGACUAUUAACCAGACAGGGGCCACAGCAUACCAGCUGUGACGGGUUUUCAUAG